CACACACGCAGGCCGCAAACAGCACCUUUCGAUACCCCCACACACGACCCUCUGCACUACGUGUAUAUAAACAUGCAGUGUUUGUAGAUGUGUCAAGAGAAGAAGGCGAUCAGUCCAGCCGUGACGAAGUGUAAAGAUAGAGUGACAGACAGACUUAUACCUAAACACAGCUGGUCGACCAUCCAUAGUACCCCUUUGCCAUGGGCCCAAUCCCUGUCAUCGCUUUUGUGCUACUUAUCGGAGGUGUUGCAUCGCAAGAUUCCAUAUGCCCGAAGGACAAGCCACUAGUGAAUUGUUUGAUAGAUCCAUGUACCUAUACGGACUGUGCCCCCGGGCACAGAUGUGAGUCGAACUACUGUGGUGGGUGCAACGCCAAGUGCGUUUCAACGUGUUCUCAGGUCAUGUGCAGAAUGUGGUGCCCGGCCGGUUUUAAGAAAGACAAAAACGGUUGUGAGAUCUGCGAAUGUGUAGACCCUUGUGUGGUAGGCAAUUUACCCGUAUACCCUUCCUGACCAUUCCUAGCGCCCAAGAUCUUGGCUAUUUUGUCACAAGUGAUAAAAUUACGCUCCAGUCCGAGAGUUCUGAAUUUAGACGCUUCAAGGCUUAAAAAUUGAAACUCCACACAGUGAUAGAGUUCGUUGAAUACAGCUUAGGUGCAAAAUUACACCUUUCAGCUAUGUCCCAUACUCGUGUAGUAAGUCUCCAAACUUUAAACUUUCGGACCGAAUUUUCCAGGCGAGAGCCUGUUUGUUUACAAAAACCAUAGAUUCAGGUUCCUUUGGAAAUGUAGUCUUGUGGUCAUGUGACACACCAUCUGUCAAUCAAAGUGCCGAUGACCGAGAAAGGCUACAGUAGUGAAACUACGAGUGAGUCUAAUGCGGGAUAAAAUGCCUCAAGGAUAGACGAGAGAUAACUUGCGGAUUGAGAGAAGGAAGUAUUGAAAAGAGAGAAGGAAAGAUAAGAUGCACUCAAAACUAAAACUGUCGAGUAAGCCCCAAAGUUUAUCUUGAGUACGUAAGUAAAAAAUUACUGCAGUAACUUGAGCGACAACGACCUGUCCCUGUCACUAGCUGGGUCGGGAUUCCUGGUGACAGGGAUCGUUUUCCUGCGAGUUAAGUUGAAUGCCUUAUGUUAAUUUGGCCUUAUUACUUGUAAAAGAAAAAACCUAAACAGACACUAAGGCAAGAAUAUCUUAUACCGGUGGGAUGUAGAAGUUGUAAAAGUUAGACUUUCAGCUCAACAGAUAGCUCUCGUGGGUAGACUUUCAGCUCAGCAGAUAGCUAUCGUGCGACGGCUUUCGGCUCCACCCAGUCCUGGAACUUCAGGCUAUCUUGAAAUUCCGUUGUCAAGACACGUCGACAGCCAGCCAUACA